AUGUUUGGAAUUUUAUUCAUAUUCUUAGCUUUAGCUUAAACCAAAAUCAUUACUUAAAAAUUCUCACUCAGAUAACUUUCAACUAUGGAUUACAUUCCAAUAAGUAGAUUUGGUAGUCGUGGGAUUGUAAAUUAUGAGAUAUCGUAUCUAUUUUUCAUAAUAUAAUUAGGUCUCGAGUAAUUAAUGUUCCCAAAGAUUAUUAAGGCUAAAGAUUAAUAAUCCCUAUUGAAUUCUUUUAAUAAGAUAAAUGGUAAGCUGCUUAAUCAAUAAAUGAAUGUUAAAGAAAAGAAAAAGCAAAUAGAAUUAUAUACUAAACUAUUGAGGUUGAUUCUUCUGAAGAAAUCUCAACAUUGAAUGGAUAAUUAGCUUAUGGAAAAUAUCAUAAUGUUUGGUUAGCAAUUUUAAACAAUUGUGAUCAUUAUCUAGAUAAAUUAUUUCCUUAUUUUGAUCAUAAUAUUUAUUUUGAAAUAACUAUCUGGUUUUUUGAUGAAGGAGGAUAAGAAUUCUCAUUAGAAGAACAUGGAUUAUUUAGUAUUGUAGCUGUAUUGACAUUUUUGACUAUUAUUGGAUUUUAUUAUAAUUAUAGAAUUUAUAGAAAAGAAUAAGAAAAAUAUGGAGAAAAAGAUUAUGCUUUACUUUUUGUUUUAGUAAUCAUAGGAUUAGAAGCAACAUAAAAUACUCUCAAUUUCUUCAAUCUUUUAGUAUAUAAUAGUAAUGGAAGAGGAAUAAGUGCAUUUGCUAUUAUAUCAGAGAUUAUAUAAUCAAUUGAUAACUAUUUACUCAUGUUAUUAUUAAUAUUAAUUGCUUGGGGAUGGACUAUUGAUUUUAUAAAUCUUGAAGCAUAGACAAAUUUCUAUUUCCCUUUAAUAUUUAUACUUGGAAUUGUUUAAACAUUAUUUGCUAUACUAGGCAGAGUUCUAAGCACUUAAACUUAAUUCCAUAUGUAUGAAGGCUGGGCAGGUUAUUCAAUUAGUAUAAUUUAUAUACUUCUUGCCCUAUAUUUUUAUUAUUCAGCAAAUUAACAAAAAAAGAAAGGAGAAAUUGUGAAUAAUUUUUAUUUUAAACUCAAACUUUUUGGAACUUUGUUCUUUAUAUCUUUUCCAGUUCUAUUGACAAUCUCAAAAAUAAUUGAUCCAUAUAAAUCAUAUAAGGUUGUUAUUUUAGGAAGUAUGCUUACAAGAUUAUUAAAUAUUGCUCUAUUAGUAAGAUUAUUUGUAGGCAAAUCAACAGAUUAUUAAAAAAUUUGUAUAAAAGGAAAAUCCUUUUUAGAUAGAGAGAAAAUAAUGUGA